AUGGAGACUUUUGUUACAACUGUUGUAAGAUCAGGUCUUGAGUUUACUUAUAAAGUUGCAUCAUUUUUUAUUAGAAUAUGGCUUCUACCAUUGAAUUCAAUGGUGGAAUGGUUUACCGAUCGUAUCAAACCACUGUUUGAUCCAUUGAUUACCUUUUUAGUGAACAACAAAACCAAAUUGCUAAGAAUAUCGAUCUACAGUGUUCUUGCUUUUGGUUUGGUAGGUACACUCUCACUUGCCAACUACUUUAUCAUCUACUCUUAUUAUGUACCAAGAGUAGUAACUGAAGAACCAUUAUAUUUUGAAUUUGGCAAAAAGAUAACAGCUCAUACAGAUAUUGCAGUUGAAUUCCAACGUAACAAAUUGUAUGAUGUCUAUUUACAUCUUGAAUUGCCAGAGUCACCAAAGAAUGAAGCGGCCGGAAUGUUCAUGGCGUGUCUCGAGAUUGAGAAUCAAGAUAAAUGGAAUCCUGCAAAGAUUUUGAACACCUGUAGACCUGGUAUUCUCAAGUAUCGCUCAACCAUUACCAAGUUGUUCAGAACCUUUACCUAUGCGCUUACCAAUCUAUUUGGCAUUACAGAAGAGAAGCAAAUCAUAUCCAUUCCAAUGGUUGAGAAUCUUCUUUCUAAACGUUUCUAUCAAACAAUUUCAGUAAAUGUAAAUAUUCAAAAUCCAGAUAUUCAAAUCUAUAAAGCAUCAUUAGUUUUCCAAGCAAAACUUGCUGGUUUAGAAUAUUAUCUUUAUAAUUAUCCAUACAUUUCAUUUGCUGUUGGAUUUGCUUCAUUGUUUAUCUUCUGGAGUUUCUCAACGUUGUUUAUCAUUAUUUCAUUGUAUCUCUACAGAUACUUUAAGAAUCCUCCACCAGUUGAAGAGGAUUUGGAUGUGUUCCCAUUCGAUAAAGACAAUAGCAAGUUGACUGACGAAGAAAAGAAGAAAAAGAAGGAAUUGUACAGUGAUUUGGAUGAAGUAUUGAAUCCACUUCCUUCUUCUUCGUUCUCUAGUUCAUCGUCAUCGUCUUCACCUCACAAGAGUCAAUACAUCUGGGAGGAGGAACUCAAAGAGAUCGAUAGUUUAGUGACAAAGAAGAAGUUACAACAGAAGAAUGAUACCAAUAACAACAACUAUUAUAGUGGAAAAGACGAUGACGGUGCGGACGAUUACAGCAUUCCAAAGAUUGGACAGGACAUUACGAAAUCUAUAGUUUCACCAGAGGUAAAGAUUGAGAAGAUCGAAGAGUCUUCCUAUCCAUUACCGGGAAGUCAGACCGCUAUUGUCAACAACACCAGCACCACCACAACAGAAGGAGAGGAAAUUAGUGGUACCACACCAAUUGUUGAUGAUACUGUCUCAUCUAACGUACCACCACAAAACAACACUGAUUCUGAAGAAAGCAAAGAAGAGGAUCAGUCAACUCAAACCACACCAACUACAGAGUCGCCUUCACCACCAUCGUCAGACGGUGAAUCCUACGGAAACUCUGGCAAUUUGGGACAUGAUGAGUGGCAGAUCGUUGGAAGUACUAAAGAUGACGAUGAUCAUUUAUCUACCAUUAGAAAACGAAAGAUAUAA